UUUGCUGGCAAUUUCUCAAUCAUAAAAUUGAUUAUAAUUGUUUUACAAUGUUAAUAAAGUCGUUAAGUGUUUGCUAAUAUAGUCUUAUAAUUAAUAAAGUCGUGCAAAUGUCUGUCACAGAAUCGAAUGAUUGGUUGCUUUGGUGUCGCCUGUGCGCCAAGGAGGACCUCCAAGGCAAUAUAAAUGUCUUUUUAAAGAGUGAGCAAAGGCUGAGUGAAGCUACUGAUGCCGCCAGCGACAUGGCCUUGGCCACUGCUAUCGGCAAAUACUUCUGGGUUAAUAUGACUCGUGGGGAGGAGCUGCCAGAGACGAUCUGCAGAGAUUGCCUGUCGCUGGUCACCUCGUUGGUCAAAUUCUCGGAUCGCAUCACACGCGUGCAGAAGCUAUACUGUAUAUUGCAGAGCAGGCCAAAGGAAGCCGUCAAUAUACUGGAGCUGCGCCGACGAUUUGGUCUGCAGGAGGAAGCGGAUCUGGGGGUACAGACGGUAACUGAGGUGCACUACGUUGAGGAGAAGCCCAAGCUAAAUGAUCUAGAGGAAGUGACGUUGGAGUUGGAAAACCCGCUCACGCCAAGCGGGCAGAAAGUAGAUAGCAAGAUAAAUGAAGCAGAAGUUCCAGCGACGGCAGAAACAGUUGAAGAUGAGGACGAGCAUGAGGAGGAGGAGGAGGAGGAAGACCAUGGGAUAGAAGGCGAAGGAGAGAUAGAACAAGACGCAGCUUCAAUCGCUGAAGAGCAGCCUGAUGAACAGCAAAAGGAGGAGGAUGCUGCAAAGGAAGAACUGCUGUCGAAUCUCUGUGCUGAAUCAGACAGCUUGAACUCAUUGGACACCAACCCCUGCCCUUUCCAGCCCAAAGAACUCAAAGCAAGGAGAGGGAAAUCCUUUCCAUGCAACGAAUGCCCGCGCAUCUAUGCACUUCCCCAGACGUUGCUGCGACACAUGCGGCAGGAUCAUAGCAAAGCAGGGGCAGAUGCGGCAGUGGAAGCGGGGGCGGAAGCGGAAGCAGCAGAUGAGCCAGCCAACAAACUGUGCUGCGCGCAGUGCGAGAAGAGUUUCCGCUCCCGCUACCAAUUGCAGAAGCACCAGCAGCAGCACCUGCCCAUGCCCAAGAGGAAGCGUUUCCCCUGCCCCAUCUGCAGCAAGCAGUUCACAACGAAUGCCUCAGCCCAAUCGCAUGCGCAGUACGCCCACCAGGAGGAGCAGCGCCCUCGCCCGGUAAUCUGUGAGCAAUGCGGAAUCGCGGUGCACUCGCUGCACGCCCUGAAGGAGCAUUUGCUCAGCCACACGGACUACGCGCCCUUCGAGUGCGACGUGUGCAAGAAGUGCUUCAAAAGCAUGAGCCGGUUGAAGCACCACAAAGAGACGCACGAUCCGCACAAGUACAUCUGCCCUGAGUGCGGCAUGCAGCUGAACUCCCGGCCCACGCUCAACCGCCAUCGGCUGGUCCACACGGACCAGAUGCAGCACAAGUGCGACUACUGCGGCAGGGAGUUCAAGCGCGCGAAGGCGCUGAAGAACCAUCUCAUCCUGCAUACGGGGCUGAAGCCCUACUCCUGCGACUUCUGCGAACGGACAUUCGCCAACGGCUCCAACUAUCGCACGCACAAGAAGAAAUCGCAUCCCGAGGAGCUAGCUGCGCAGGAGGCGGCGGGCGGAGGCAAGACCUACAAUCGGAACAUACCCAAGUUGGAGGCGCUUAAGGCUUUCACCAAAAACAAGGACAAUCUCUCGCCGGUGGCCACCAAGCAGAGCGGAAGCUUUGCCUUCGGCAAGAAGCCAAAGAAGUCAGCAGCAGGAGGCGGAGAAGCAGCUAAUCCUGUAGCAGCUGAGGCAGCGAGCUCCGCCUCCACAUCUGUCAUACCCGCCAUUGAGAACAUUUACAGCCACAUCAUGAAGCCCGAGCAGCAGCAGCUUAUCCUAGCCAGCGAUGGCAGUGCGAGCAUUUUGCCUGUAGAACAGCCGGAAUCCAGUCAGAUCUUUUCGUAUUAGAAUAAAGCCAACUAAAUUCAAAAUCCCGCCAUGGACGUCCACUACCGCAGGCUGCUAGUCCAGCCCAGCAUUCUACUUUAGGCGUAGCCGAGCCGAAUGCCAAGUAAACGCUUUCCAAUUAGAAUCAAAAACUAUGUGCAAUACUGCAAAUGUUAUCCAAGAAGCUACCGCUAGAGAGAAAUCAGUUAAUAUCAUAAAAUGAAA